AAAAAGUCAGCUUUUGUAGCAUUGCGUUUGUUAUUUGACUUUUAAGCCUUGAGUAGGGCGCAUGUUUGCUACAACACCAAAAUUGUUGAAACUGUAGUUUUCUGGUUGAUAAGAGUGCAAUAUGUCGACGCCUGAUAUAAGUAUUAUGAGCUCAACUGAGAAUUUGCUGUCGAAACUGUCGAAGGAAGUUUUUAGCGGCUCCAACGCUUCCCAACAUAGCGAGGACUUCGAGCAGUCACAUGCGCCUGCUUGGCUCACAAAGGACUACCUGGAACGCUGUUUGCGUUCUCACCACCAAGAUAAUCAUCUAAAAAUACUCAAGUGGCACAUCCGGCCAGCGCUGGGAAAAGGUGAAAACUAUGGCGGUGUUUUGAGCCGCAUACGCGCCGACUAUCAAACGGGCGCGGGCACCGUGGCCACUGGGCACUAUGUUGUGAAGACAUCCUAUGAGGCUGAUGAGUUUGCGCGUAAAACAAUGGAACCCUACGAUAUUUUUAAUCGCGAAAUGUCCAUCUAUGAACAGGUGUUGCCGAAGUUGAACGCACUGCUGCAUGAGAUCGGCGACAACGAACAGAUCUUCGCCGAAACAAUGGCGGUGGAUCGUGAACGUUCCGCUCUCAUUUUCGAGGAUCUCAACGUGCGUGAAUUUAUCAUGCCCAAUCGGUUGGACGGACUAAAUAUGGAUUUGUCCCGAAUGGUGCUGCGCAAGAUAGCUAAGAUGCAUGCUACAUCUGCAGUGCUGAAUGAACGCGAAAGUGGCUGCCUGGAAAUUUAUGAUCGUGGUUUCUUCAAUCAGCACACAGACAAUUAUAUGCCCGGGUUUGAAGGACUGAUGAUGGCUUGCAGUCGUCGUGUUGCCCAGUGGGAGGGGUACGAGUAUUACGCGCAGAAGUUGGCGAGCUUGAAGUCCAACUAUGCCAAAAUCGGCAAGAAAGUGUUCGAAGCCACACCAGGCCAUGUAAAUGUAUUGGCGCACGGUGAUCUCUGGACAAAUAAUGUGAUGGUGAAAUAUAAUAAAAAUACCGGCGAAGCCUUGGAUGUGAUCAUCAUUGAUUUCCAAUAUGCAACUUGGGGCUCCCCAGCAUUGGAUCUGGACUAUUUCCUCAACACCUCAUUGGAAGAGCGAUUGCAUUUAAAUCAACAGGAUGAACUUAUACGUUGCUACUACGAAACCUUCUCGGACACAUUGCGCAAACUACGCUACCAAGCCAAUAUUCCAUGCUUGCACAAGUUCCAUUUGCAGCUAGAAGAAAAGGCAUUUUACGCUUUUCACUCAACUUGCAUUGUUUUGCCGAUUCAACGCAACACAGAUACCGAAGACGCGGAUUUCCGGGCAAUAAUGCAAGAUGACGAACGCGGCAUUCGCUUCAAGGAUACUUGCUUUAAGAACCCCUAUGUUCAACGGAUAAUCAAGCAGCUCUUGCCGUUGUACGAACGACGUGGCUUACUGGAAGUUACACAGUAGUUCAACUGGCUGUGAUAUUUGUGG